UUCACUUUGCAAUACGCCUCUCUCUCUCUCUCUCUCUCUCUCUCUCUCAAAUGGCUUCCUCCCGUCUCCACCGUCACCCCCACACCCCUCCACCAUCCCUACCCUCCUCCUCCCCGUCCACCCCGCAAAACCCAAACCCUAAUUCCACCACCACCACACCCCCACCGCAAGACCACCUCACGCGCCACCAAGUCGUCGCGCGCCGCGCCGACAACCUGCGCCGGCUCGCCAGGGUUUACACGGACCACUACUGGGCGAUGGUGGAAGAACUCAAGGGGAAGUACAAGGAGUACGUUUGGAAGUACGGGUUGAGUCCGUACAAGGAAAGUGAUGAUGAAGGGAGGGGUAAUAAGGGUUUGGAGGGGAAUAUGAAUAAUGCUCAUGCGCUGUGCGCGUUUAAUGGGUGUGCGUUGAAGGCAAUGGCGCUGACGAGGUUUUGUCAUUUGCAUAUUCUUUCGGAUUCGAAGCAAGUGCUGUAUAAGCCAUGUGAAUAUGCGAUUAAGAGUGCACAGGCAGGACCCAUAACCUGUGGCAGGCCUAUAUUACGAGCUAGGGUUCCUGCAUUUUGCAAUGUUCACCUCCAGAAAGCUCACCGUGCCCUGAAGAAGGCAGGUCUUCAUGUCUCCUCAUCCAGCAAACUUGCUCCCAAAUUGCAUGUCAUAGUGGCAGAAUAUGUGCACCAGAUUCAAGCCAAGAGAAGGGCUGCAUUGAGAGCAAAUAGAAAUAAUGUUGUGGUUAAGCGAGAAAGCUGUGACUGAGAGGCUCCCUGUUCAUCAUUGCAGACUUGAUCCAGCAUCCAUAGCAAUCUAACAGUGUUAUCUAAUUGCAGUCUGCACGAAAGUCCAAGUGAUGUAGAAUAAGAAGUGGUGCCCUUCCAACUAUCCCAGCUCUGUCGCUCACGCGACCAACUCUGAAAUAUCUGUCAUUUCCAGGAGGAAUUCAGUUAUGAGUGACUAGUGAAUGCUCUAUGGAUUUAAGUGACGAGCUCUGUUAUGAGCGAGCUUUCUUUCGUUGAUCAGGUACCUCGCCAGCGAUAUCAAAAGUGCAUCCUCUCUUAUCAUUUCCCCUGACUACGUCUCUUACUCCUUGUUCUGUGACUGUCGGUCCUGUCCUAUGCUAUUUUUUGAGGGAGGGCAAGAGGGUAAUUGUCCUAUGCUAGAGAGCUGGCAAAGAUUCGAGUGAUGCAAGAAGUAGGCAUGGAACUUUUUCACAUCAAAUGAAAGAAAGAUGAAGGCUUUUGGUUCAACAGGGUGCUUGGAAAUCCAGCUUUUGAAAAACAAAAGGGUGUAACUUGUGGCAAGAUUAUGUACAAGACACUCCACAUGUGGGUUCCUACCAAGACAUGCUUGUAGGUAUGCAAAUGGGCAAACACUGUAUGUCAGCACAACAUCAAAAAAGCAACAAUAUAGCUAGCAACAAUAGCGAGGGUAAAAUUGUUCAAUUGGUGGAAUCACGCGCUGAUGAGCCUUGUUCAACGAUGACCUAUAAUCCUAUAAAUCGUUGAGGAACCAUGGAAGUGGAGAAAUGUCGCCAUUUUUUCUUUUGUCAGAAACUUGCACCCCAUACGCGAGAUUCUUUGUCCCAAGCCCUGUCUUCAUCUUCCAGUGCAAUCCUAGCCCCAUGGUUGUGCCUUGAGAGAUCUGUUUGUUUUGAGAUUCCUAAUAUAUAUCGUGCAGCCUGCAGGGCAUUGGGACACGGGGACUGGGAUUUUUGGAGACAUCUUUUGCACGGUCCCUGCUGCAGAAUGAAUGCUGCAUGUAACAUACUUGUUGUGCCUGUUUGGUGCCAAACUCUUUAAUGUGACCUCCUCGCGUCCAUUUUGGUUAUUAGCAAUGAGGGACAGAAGGAUUUACGCCGGCGCCGAUGUAUUGUUGUGCUGCCAAUCAUUAUCUACAAUCUAUCCUUUCUUGGAAUGGUGACAGAAUUCAUGAUCGAGUUGUGAAUUGAUAUUAUAUUCUCUCAUACCAUGUAGUACAGUUGUCCAACGGGGUCAGGAGGAAUUUGGGACUUUGAUUGGAACUCUGUUGGGGGCCCUGAAGAUGAAUACCCCCAUUUUGCUAUUGUUGAUUCUGUUGAGCAUUGUUGCAGUCUCACUACUCCUUGUUUUGUUCUGGUGUUUUACCCCAUUUAUCGUGUUCUGUAAAGUGAGGUUCGACCUCAAGUAACACGGAUGAAGGUAGUUAGUUAGGACUGAAUAUUCGGAGAACACGGUCUUUAUACGGGUGAAACGGAUAAAAUAGGGGCAAUAUCGAUGUAUGGUUGACUGUAUGGUUGAGAUUUGAAUUUGUGUAGCAGGGACCAACUGUAAACGUUUCUGUGCUGUGCUUUAUGUACACCAUUGCUCGCACUUCAUAAUAAUAGAGGCUCUCAUUUGUUUUA